UCCGGCUGGCUGUUGCCGCUCCCGAGCCCGCCCGCCUCCUUCCCUUCCUUCCUCCCUCCCUCCGCGGCGUCUCCGGCACGGCGGUCCGGUCCACGCGGCCAUGAGCGGGGCGAUGCUGGUGGGCUACAGCAGCAGCAGCAGCAGCAGCAGCUCGGGCUCGUCGCCGCCCGCCUCUGGCGACGAAGGCGGCUCCCCCGCGGCCCAGGGAGGAGCCCCCCCGGCGGAGAGCCCGGCCGCCCUCCCCGGUGCCAGCAUAACAGCGCCUCGCCUUCCCAUACCAGACAGUGUGCUAAGCAUGUUCCGAGACCAGGAAGAGAAGGAGACGGUGGUAGAUGACCGCAGCAAGCAUGGAGGCCGAGUGCGCACCUUCUCACAUGAGCGAGGCAACUGGGCAACCCACAUCUAUGUGCCUUAUGAACCUCAGGAAGACUUCUUGGACCUGCUGGAGCUGCUCCUUGUGCACGCACACAUGCACGUGGCCUCACUGACAGCCAUGGCUGAGUUCCACAUCAGUCUCUCGCAAAGCGUGGUCCUGCGCUAUCACUGGAUAAACCCUUUUGUGCAAUCCCUGAAGGAACACCUGUCCUCCUUCCACAGGUUCGUCUGCAGAGCAGACCAGGUGAAGAUUUACACCAAUGAGACCAAAACAAGGACUUUCAUUGGCUUAGAGGUCUCUUCUGGGCAUUCUCAGGUUUUGGAGCUGGUGUCUGAGGUGGACAGAGUUAUGGAGGAGUUCAGUCUGGCUCCAUUUUACAAGAAUCCUUCAUUCCACCUCAGCCUUGCAUGGUGUGUUGGGAACUUAUCUGAAAAACUUGAAGGCCGUUGUCUCCAAGAGCUGCAGGAGAUUGUGGACAAGUUUGAGGAUUCCACCUACCUUCUGCGCAUCCAUGUGACUGAAGUCCGCUGCAAGUCCGGCAAGAAAGUCUUCUCUUUCCCUCUACAGUAGGGACAUAGGAGCUUUGGCAGCCCUUCCCUCUGGACAUGCUGGUCAGAAGUCGCCGCGGAGUUAAAUGACAUUUUCGCCUCCCCUUUGGCUCUCUAGCCUCACGCAAAGCUGCCUUUCUUUCUAUUCACUCCGCACCAUUUUUGCCUUUGUGGGUAUUGCAGAUGGUGGUGGUGACGCAAGGCCUGCUCUUGGCCCGUGUGUUUCUGAGUGACGCUGUGUUAGAAGCACCACUGGAAUUGCUGAGUGGGACUGGUAGAGGUGAGAAAAGGCAUUCAUCGCCGGGUUGCGUUGAAAAUGGUAACAGCCAGCCAAGCGGAAUCCUGCGAACUUCAGGGCCUUGUUUUGGGCCGGCCGGAUCCAGAGGAGGUAGGACUCCUCCAGUGCAACACUUAAGAACGCCUGCCUCUCUAUUAAGGCCGAAGCGGCCUGUAAGAUACAUUCAGCCCCAAAGUGCCUCGAGCAACCUCUUGUUUGCCCAAAGAGCAAUAUAAAUACGGAUUUUCUCCACAGGCAAUCUCAAAAGCAGGAAAGGGGUAUUGGUUUUCAAGCACAAGGAAUUGUCAUUCUCCUAGACAGCCACAAGGGGUCAGUGUUGGCUUUCUUACUGCCUUUGCAGGGGAAACGAAACUAGCUGCCACCAUUUAUAUACUAAUUGUUUACAGCACGUGACAUAAACAAGUUUAACUCUUUUCUCUCCCCUCCUUCCUGUUAGAACUCUUUAAAACAGCAUCCUUCACAGGAAUCGCGGCUCAGUUUCCUGAUUUUGGGAAGGUUGGUGGAUAGCCAAGCAGCCAAGCCGCGUAAUAGGGCCAGAGGAAGAACCAGUAGCCGUUAACUUGGCCGUUUCCAGACGGCUUACCUGCCCCCAGAACGUCGUGCCACGUUGCAUGGAAAACGUGAUAUUUCGCAUUUUCCCUGCAACGUGGCGUGAUGUUCCAGGGGCAGGUAAGCCGUCUGGAAACGGCCCUUGUCAGAAUUGGACUUACUGCUGUUUCCUCUAAUCAGGAAGGACCCCUCUUUCAUGUUGCUCGUUGCUUCGAAGGGAGAGGUUCUGAGCAAUGGCUGUGUCCGUCUGAGUUUGCAAACUUUCCAGGCAGUUUUAUUCUUUGCCAGUCCUUUGUCCCUUCCUUAUCCAAAGUCAGUGUACUCAGUUGUGCUAAGGGGAGAGCAUGAAGCUAGCUCCACAUAUGUGCUUUGCAGGCCAGAUUUGCCCCUUUCCAAGAUGAUACUUUGUACACAUUUUGUGUUAAUGCAUUUUGUGUUAUACUAACCUGCAUAAACCUUGCUUGUUAAUGCCGGACAAAAAGCGGAGGAAAAGAACCCCUUUAAAACCCAAUGCAUAUUCCGGCUGCUGUAGAUACUGUGGUUUGGGGCACUGCUUUCCCCUGUAAUUACUCUCGCUCCCUUUCCUCUGGCACAGAGUGACUGGCAUGCAUCUCCCAUCCAUGCUCCUGUAGUGUCACCAGUGCUCCCAAACAUGCAAACCUCAUUUGGGAUAACAGGCUGUGACUUGACCAAGCUUGGGGUGUGUGUUCUGGAAGGGCCAAAGGGACCACAGUUCAGAUUUCUCUUGGGCCAGAGUUGGUUUGGUGACAGUUCGGUAUUUUUUAAAAAAAAAUUCCAUGGGGAGAGCCCAGCUUUUGUGGUAUUGACUGGCUUGAAGGCCGUUAUGAACAGAACCCUUUCCACGGCAGGUUGGGAAGGAAUAGGUGCUCUUGAUGAGUUGGCCUGUGAAAUCUGGGCCUUGCAGAGCGGCCACCUAGAAUGUGUCUCCAGUUGUCUGCCAGAGUCAUUUUCUGCAUGGGCACAUUCCUUGCAUGCACACACAUGCGCACGCAUGUGUGGAUUGGCUCUCAGAUGUGCCUGGAAAAACUACAGAAAAUGGGGUGGUAGCUGCAGAAGGCUGCUUUGCACCUGGGCUCCAAAGACCAGAAAUAGGGAGGUGGUUAUAUUGCUUGCAAAGAGACUCAACUCAAGUUGGUCACGGGAGUGAGAAAUGCUCAACAGCAACAAGCGAAGCCCUCUGUACAAUGAUUAGCCAAUAUCCCUUGUACAUUUCAAUUUUAAGCGUGCCGGGAAUAAAUCGCACUAUUUCUGUAACUUC